UUGUGUAUUUUAGAAUAUCGAGAUUUAAAAUGUAGUACACCAACAAAUACGACUCGAGGUGGUCCGGAUAGGGCAGAAUGCCAGCUAAUUUUGAAGGAAGAAGAACUUGAAUCUGGACGACCUGUACCAAAAGGCAUUGGAUGCUGGAAGGAGGAUCAUGAAGGCGUCGAAAGGGAAUACUGUGAUUUAGUCUGUCCUAAUGCUCACACUGUGUUUAUCUCUUAUAUCGAUCAAGGUCAUCGAGCUUGCUUCAACUACGUCACCUACCAAAUCGAAAAGCGUGCUGAAGAACAAUAUCUGUGGCGCAGUGGGAAAUGUCUAAACUCGACAGUUAACUACCGUAUCGGUUGCAAAUUUGACAAUCCAUUUGGCACUCAAUUCAAAAGCGACAAUGAGAUUCUGGCCCGUCUACGUGCUCGUGCUCGUCGAGUCUAA